GAAGUUGUUAAGACGUGGGGGAGUUCUUGGGAGAGAGUCGAGUUUUCCUAGCGCUCGGUGUGUUCGGUCUGCGGCGGCCUGAGCAGCAGGUAAAGCGCAUUUGUGAGACCUCGGCAGCCCUGCUACCCGGCCCAAGCCGGAUCCCGACCCCGUAUCCUAGCCUGAGGGGUGUGGUGCCCGGUGCUCCGACUCCUUCCUAGGGUCCUGGUGGAGGUACCGGGAGUCACUUGUUCCUCCCUUGGAGUGAGGCCCCCUGUCCGGCUACCUCCGCCAUGGGCAACACGAGCAGCGAGCGCGCUGCGCUGGACCGGCAGGGCGGCCACAAGACGCCCCGAGGGGACAGCUCGGGGGGCUCCAAGGAUGGGGACAGGCCCAAGAUCCUGAUGGACAGCCCCGAGGACGCUGACCUCUUCCACUCCGAGGAAAUCAAGGCUCCGGAGAAGGAGGAGUUCCUGGCCUGGCAGCACGAUCUGGAAGUGAACGACAAAGCUCCUGCCCAGGCUCGGCCAACUGUGUUUCGAUGGACGGGGGGCGGAAAGGAAGUUUACUUAUCUGGGUCCUUCAACAAUUGGAGUAAACUUCCCCUCACGAGAAGCCACAAUAACUUUGUAGCCAUCCUGGACCUGCCGGAAGGAGAGCAUCAGUACAAGUUCUUCGUGGAUGGUCAGUGGACACACGACCCUUCUGAGCCGAUAGUGACCAGCCAGCUUGGCACAGUAAACAACAUCAUUCAAGUGAAGAAAACUGACUUUGAAGUAUUUGAUGCUUUAAUGGUGGAUUCCCAAAAGUGCUCCGACGUGUCUGAGCUGUCCAGUUCCCCACCAGGACCCUACCAUCAGGAGCCUUACGUCUGGAAACCAGAGGAGCGGUUUAAAGCACCACCCAUCCUCCCGCCACAUCUUCUCCAGGUCAUCCUGAACAAGGACACAGGGAUUUCUUGUGAUCCAGCUUUGCUCCCUGAGCCCAACCACGUCAUGCUGAACCACCUCUAUGCACUUUCCAUUAAGGACGGAGUGAUGGUGCUCAGCGCGACCCACCGGUACAAGAAAAAAUACGUCACCACCUUGUUAUACAAGCCCAUAUGAAGAGCUGGGGCCAGCCGUGGGCCCCAGGGGGCAGUGUGCACCACCGGGCUGCAUGCGUGCAUGCUUUUCGCUAGACAGGAUGGACUGUAAAUUUCCCAUUUCACGCUCUUUAGAAGACAUUUCGUACCCGCUCUACUCCUACUUGAAGGUUUGUUCCAGACACAGCAGCUCCUGGAGCGCCUCAGUCUGUAACAGUCCUCUUAGCACCCGGUGGCUGUGAGCCCUGGGGCUCAUAAAGGCUGAGGAGGGAGGGGGAGCAGACGGUCUGCACCCCACACCACGGUGCAGGUCUAAAUUUACAUCCUCUGAACUGGUCACGGAGACUUUUCUUAAGCCAAAAAGGAACCCGAGCCACUUUGCUGGUGGAAAUCCGGGAAGCAGGUACCAAGGCUCAUCUUGUGUGUGUGUCUUGACUUGUCCCCGCUGAGGCCUGGCUGUGGACCUAACGGCGAGUAUGGUAUUGGUCUCUGCCUGUCCUCUGAAUUCAGAGCAAUAGAUCGUCUUCCAUUCCCUGCUCCAGGGAGGCAUAAUUUCUAUAGAAAUUAGAACCUGUCUAAUUUCCAGAUGAAGUUUUACAAUUCUUUCUUACACUUAUGUGCACUAAGUAUUUUUUUUAACCAGAGGUGGCUGACUGUACAGCCUUAGGGCAAUCUUUAAAUCACCCCAACUAGACUAUAGAUCAUGUGACCUGUGCUGAGCAAUAAUCUGUUCUCAGAACAGACUUGGAAAACCAUGGCCAGAUAUCUCCGUUAAGCUGGAGGAUCCUGCGGACUGACCACUGCUAGCUGGAAGGUCGUCCAGCUUUUUAUUCGAUUCGUAAUGAGGUGACAGUGUUAGCACGCAAAUUUUGGAGAGGCACCCUACCCUAGCCUGUGCCACCUUGCUUGGGACCUCUGGUCCCUCCUUAGCAAAGAAGGCUGUAGCAAUUGCUGUUGCUUCUUCUGGAAGGAAAUUAGAACUUGCGGCAGCCUUCUGAAUUUGUGUGAGGAAAUCAUCCUUUGGACCAAAGCGAACCUCUCCACACGGCUUGGAGAUGCCGGAGACAUGCCCGUUAGCAAGGUUCCUGUCCCCAGGUCGGUGGAAGCUGUCGUCCUGCGCUUUGUUCCUGCUGGGAGACGGAGGAACCAUAUCCCUGGUGUCUCAUAUUUAUUUGGCGAACCUGGGUCUGGGAUACCCUUUUUUGUUACUGUUUCCAAAACACUGAAUUACUGUCACCUUGAUGUACAGGUUUCAAUAAAGCUUUGUAAAGAUAACAGAUGUGCACUUGGA